UUUGAUUUUCAUUUAAAAAUUGAUAUACGUUUUCAUUAUUAUACAGAUUUUCAACAAUGAAUGAAGACAUUCGAUUUUAACGAAAACGACCAUGGAGAACACGCAUGUGUAACCAGCUGAUAUUUCGUAUCGUGGCUGACUGACUAAAAACCAGUUUAAAAUCAAUAUGGAGACCCCUUUCCAAAUCUCUGUAAAUAAAGUAUGUCUUAAACAUGACGAAGAUUUAAACUUUUACUGUUCAUUGCAUGACGAAAUUUUAUGUCGAAACUGUGUGAAAAUGGGACAUAAAAAAUGUUCGCCACAGAUUUCAGUUUCGGAAAUUGCAACAAAAUCGAAAACUUCAGUGUCUGCUAAUUUAGAAUCAAAUUUUAAGAUCAUGACUGAGAAUUUAAAGAUUGCGUUAGAUCAUCAACGUCACACCCUUUCGAAUAUGGGUGAAAAAGAAGCAGAAGCAAGAAAGCAAAUCCACAAUAUUAGAAUUAGAUUCAAUAAAAAGUUGGACGAAUUAGAAAAACAACUUUUAAAAGCAUACACUGAAAAGCGUGAAACGAUUGUUCCAACUAUAAAAGAAAACAUCGUUACAAUGGAAAAAAAGGAAAAGGAAAUUGUCUUAAUCAUAACCAAUACAACAAAAAUUAAAGAAUUCGGUUCAGACAUAGAUUAUUUUCUUGCCGCUAGACAAGUUACUCAAAAACUGUUAGAUGAGGAAGACACCGUCACAGCUACGUUUGAAAAGCUUCGCGGGGUCAAUGCUUAUUUUACUUUAAACGGUGAUAUUGAACAAUUUGUGUCAAAGCUGAACAAAAUCGGAGAUGUCUUCGUCGAGGAAGUACCAUGCUCCGUAAAUAUGAAGUCGUUGAUAGGAGAAAAGAAAAAGACAACAGAAAAGGAAAGCCAAGAUAUUCCAGUUCUGGAGUUGAAAAAAGUUCAUGUUGAUAAAGAUGGAGAGGGGACACCUGGUGAUGAAGGGGAUAUUUUCAAAUUAAAAUUUGUUCUAAAAACCAAAUUUGAAAUGACAAAGGGGUUUCUUAAGAAAGAUUUACGUAUAUGCAAUGGUACUAUCAUGAAAGACCAAAUAGUGUUUACUGACAGAGAAAAUAAAAGAUUCAUUAUGACCUCCAUUACUGGUGAACAUCUUAACAAUAUGGAAGUAACGGGUAGACCAUGGGGCAUUGCAAAAAUCGACGAAUCUAGACUUGUUGUUGUCACAUUUCCGUAUGUCGGCAGUGGUUAUAUUGAAAUAUUGGAUAUAAUGAAUAAUAAAGUCGAGAAGCCAAUCAGUAUAGGCGGACUUUGUCGAGGUAUAGCUUACUAUGAAGGACUUAUUUAUGUCGUCGUGUAUGGCAAAGGGAUAUCAAUUGUGGAUCUUGAAGGUGAUGUUAAAACAGAAAUACCUAUUAAUGUAAACGGCGUGUUUCAUUUAACUGUAAAUGCAAAUCGAAUGUAUUAUACAGACGAAUGGACCCAUACUUUACACUGCUGUGAUUUGAAUGGAAAGGAAAUUUGGCGUUUUAGCGGCGAUAGGGUGCGGGAACCACAAGGCAUUGCGACGGACGAAAACGGGAAUGUGUAUGUGACGUCGUAUCUUUUUGAUAACGUCACAGUAAUAUCUCCGGAUGGAAAACAGCACAGAGAAAUCUUGAAUAAAUCUGAUGGACUACUGGGACCUUCUAGUAUAUACUAUGACAACAAGAAAAAAUAUUUAAUGGUAUCUAGUCGUGAACAUGGACGAGUAUCAAUUUUUCAUGUUCUUAUAUAAGAAUAAUGCUCAAAUUCAAACAUUAAGUUCUGGCAUGUGUACUAUUGUUUUUCUGUUUGUCUUUUUCAUUUUUAGCCAUGAUAUUGUUAGUUUAUUUUCGAUUUAUGCGUUAGACUGUCCCUCUGGUAUCUUUCGUCCCUCUUUUUUAACAUUUUAGCG